AAGUGCACAGAGAUGCAUCAAGAGCACUGUUGUCUCGCAGAGAGACAGUGUAUCUGCUGUCAGAGUUUGAGAAGACAUCAUGGAAGAUUUGAGUAUGAUUCAUGUAAGGAGCAACAGAAGGAGGACAGCCACGUUCCGCGGAUGCAAGAAUAUCCGGGUGUGUGUUAUUACACAGGAGGCAGCGAGCUCCCUCAUGCAUACCUUCAGAACGAGACUGACUCCUGCUUGAGCGAUUCUGAAAGUGAUCUUGGAGAAAUGUGCCACCAGCCGGAUGUCCACGACGUCCACAAUGUCCAGAUGGAUCCAUGUUUCCAGACCUGUGAUGGUAGAGAACAUAACCCUGAAAUUUCUCAUCCUCAAACCAGUGGAAGAAUGAAUGAAGAGCCAGAACCGAGCAAAGACAAUUUAUGUCCCUGCAGGACCGUACAUUCAAGAUGGAGUAGCGGCCAAUGGCCAUCUUUACCUCCUCCAUGUUGUAAUGUGAGAAACUCAUUGGUGAUUGGAGUUGAAGUGGAUGUUCUAGAAGAGGUGGUUUACGAGGACACAGAAAUACUUCAAACACAAACCAUGUUUGACGGAUGCCUGGAGGAUCAUAUGAUGAACUCCACCUCAUGUCAUUGUGACCAGUUGUUUUUCAUGUGACUGGAUCAAAUUACAUUAUUAUUAUUA